CUGGCGUCGAGUUUGGAAGUGUUUUUCCGGAGCUCCACGAAUUAGUCAGAAAAGGUGCUGCCCCAAAAGAAGGCCUUCACAUUGGUCAACUCUAUUCGCGCUUGGCUGGACACACUUUGGAUCACGGAUUGGUGGUGAGGGUGUGAUCGAGUUUUUUUCUUGAAGAAAUUCCUUUUGAGCUGGAAAGUGAUCGUGUCUGCAAGUUGGAGGUCGUUGUGUAACGUGCUUUAAGGCAUCGCGUCCAGUGAAAUAAAACGGCCCCACGAAUAGUGCAUACAUUAAGGUUCGGGUUUUUUUUUCGUUAAUUGCAACCCUUUUCAGACACGAGUUGAGGGAGCAGUACUGCAAAUUUCGCGCCAACGGAAAAUUCAAAAAGUGUGCCAAAAGUGACGCCAAAAAAAGUACUCAUUGUCACAAAGAAGUAACUGUAAGCUUGGAGGAAGAACCUUAUUCCUACAAAAGCAAAGAAACCUAACAAGUGUGAAAAAGAACAGCUCUCUCCCGAGAAAUUGGCGGUGUUUAAGCUGGGAGAUGACAAAGUGAACGUAAUUCACAAGGGUGGGAAAGAGGUGGAGAAAAGAUUAUAGGCAUUUAACCACACCACCAAAAGAAAGGAGGGGCGAAAGCAAGAAAAACAAACGGUUUAGAAUGAGAACUGUGCGGUGCGGUACGGGUUUGGAGUGAAUUUCGUCACGGAACGAAGGAAUUGUAGGUUGCGCGCGUCAAACAACAUUGUCGUGUUGGGUCCGUGGAUGAGUGACGGGAGGUGGAAUUUUAAGGUGGAAGUGAUUGAAAACCAUAACUGCAAGAUACUAACCGACUAUACAGCAAGGAUCAACCAAAGUGGACAUAAUGAAGAUUGACGAGAGGUUACGUCACGUCGGAUGGUGUGCUUUCGUCAUCGUGGUGGCACAGGCCCUUGCAUCAGCGCACUCGACAGAGAAUCCAACCGGUGCGGGGACCACCGUCGUUCCCGUGCUGUUCCAGACGUCAAACAACGGCCUGACGGCACCCGUCACGGCCUCGGCACUGACCACGGCCGGCCGGGGUUCGAUCUCGUCGACGGUUGCUCCGAAAGUUCAGCGCAAACGGGGAAGCUCUGGGAAGAAGAGUAUUGUCAUCAGCCAGCCUAUCGACAGUGCCAACAAUUCGCGCGAAUCGCUCUCCCAUGAAGGCAGCGAGCCGGUCGUCUACGUGUCGGACUCGUCCGGCUACAUCCCGCUGACCUCGCUGCAAUCGGCGACCCACUCCCGGCUGCCACCGUCCUACCAGCAAGAGUCCGACCCGGCUUGGCGUCCCGAUCCCUGGGACAGGGACUACAACCGGCGGCACCGGUUCAACAACACCCGGGUGCAACAUAUUGAAGCCGAAUGCCAGGAUGACUACAUGAAGAUUCGUAUUGGGUUCAAUGGAUCGUUCAGUGGAUUGCUGUAUUCUUCUGGUUACGCGUACGAUCCGGACUGCAUGUACAUCAACGGUUCUGGCCGGGACUACUACGAGUUCUUGAUCCAGCUGAACCGCUGCGGAACACUGGGGAAGAAUGCCAACGGCGACGACAGCAGGAAGAACCCAACGAAAAACUUUAUGUGGAACACGGUGACAGUGCAGUACAACCCAUUGAUCGAGGAAGAGUUUGAUGAGCACUUCAAGGUGACUUGCGAGUAUGGGUAUGACUUUUGGAAAACCGUAACAUUUCCGUUUCUCGACGUUGAGGUCGCAACGGGAAAUCCCGUAGUGUUUACGCUGAGUCCGCCCGAGUGCUACAUGGAAAUCCGAAACGGAUACGGGACGAAUGGGGCCCGGGUGACGGGACCGGUACGCGUCGGAGAUCCCCUGACGUUGAUCAUCUACAUGCGCAGCAAGUACGACGGGUUCGAUAUCGUGGUGAACGAUUGUGUAGCGCAUAAUGGGGCCAACAAGAGGAUUCAGCUGAUUGAUGAGUAUGGUUGCCCGGUGGACGACAAGCUGAUUUCGCGCUUCCGUGGUAGCUGGUCUGACGGCGGUCUGUACGAAACGCAGGUCUACGCGUACAUGAAAACCUUCCGCUUUACCGGCUCACCUGCGUUGUACAUUGAGUGUGACGUCCGGAUGUGUCACGGCCGGUGUCCGAGUCAACCCUGCCACUGGAGGAACCUGAAGGGAAUUACCAAGCGAGAAACGCCACAGGAAAACAACUCAACUCUUUCGGACAACAUCAGCUUGUUCCAGGCACUACGAGUUCUGCAGGAAGAAGAUGACGAAGCCAAGCAAAACAAGGAAGCCUCCACCUCAACUAAACCCCAAGAUAUGUCCGAGACUUGCGUUAAAACAUCGAUCCUGUCGGCCAUGUUGGCCACGUGCUGCGUCGUACUCUGUGUCCUGUCCGGAUCGCUGCUGGCCGCAUGUGCCAAGCUGAGGUAUCGCAAAAAGGACGAAGCAUUCUUCAACACGUACGUCGGGCACAAAGCUCAGCUGGACUAGAGAGUUUAGAUUUCGUCCACCCACGUGAUCAACCCCAAACUACGCUUUCCAAACCCAAGAACAUUUUCAUUUUCAAACAGCGACAAAACUGCAUACGAAAUCAUUUUUAAAGUAUUACAAUAGAACUGAACCAUCCCUCCAUCUCUCAGAGCAAAUCAUGCCCACAGAGUCGACUGCUUUUGCGUUGAUUACACAUCCUAGGCUAAGUUAGAACGGCAGUAAGUGCAAACACACAAAUAGUUAACAUGUAAGCAAGUGAGUAGAAGACGGUCAAGUGACUGAGGCCCGAGUCCUUACUUUCUUGGCGGCGUCUUUUCAACGAAUGGUCUGAAUUGAAAAUUUUCAAAGAUUUUCGCUAGAGUUUAGAGAGCAGUAUGAAUGUAAGCGUAUUUUUAAGAAUGAACGGACAAUUCCUGUUUUGAACUGCUUUGUGCCCACAAAAGUGACUUUUUAAGACAGGAAUUGUUAGCACAAUUCGCUUAAACUGUAAGAUCAGUGUAAAUACUUAAGCUAUUUGGAACGAAUUCGGAUUGACAAAGUCUAACAAAACGAUUUUGGGUGCUAUAUUUUAACACACAUUUAAUGUUAAAUUCUAAAUUUUACAGUUAUUAAAGUGCACUCCUCCGCAAGAAGUUAUAUUAAGUACGUUCUAAGCUGCUUCAAAGCGGAACGAUUUCAUUACAUGACUUAGACUUAAGCCCUAGCAUUAUAAGCAUUAUCUUUAAGUGUAAAUAUACUGCAACCAAUACAAACUUCAAACAACACCUGUAAUCCAAUUUCGAGUGC